CUGCAUCCCCGGCAGGCCCCCUCGGCGCGGAGGGCCGGGCCCGCCCUGCCCUGCCCCGGGGAGGCGGUGGCGGCCCGCGGCGAGCGGGGCAGGUCGCGGCCGGCAGCGACCGGCCCUCCCCCUGCGAGGGGCUCGGCCCCCCCCCCCACCCCCCCCCCCCCCCCGCUUCUGCCAAGGAGCGGUUGGGGGGAUUUAUAGGAGUAACAACGGCUCGUGAUGUCAGCCCGUGCCUAAAAUAGAGAGGGAUAGACUGCAAAUCCACGGCUCGAGGGCUAAAACCUUCCAAUCCCAGCCUCAGACAGCACCGCGCCGAUGUGAAGUCACCCCCACCUCCCGCUCACACGCACACGCAGCCCACGGCGCGGGGAGGCGCCGGGACCGCAGCCCGGGUGCCCGCGGCUCCUCGCCCCGCCGGGCUCCGGUGGGCGGCCGCGGGGCGCAGCGCCGGUCCCGGGGCGCGGAGAGCGGCGGGCUGGGGCAGAGCCGAGGAGCGGAGCCGGCCGAGCCUCGCCCGAGCGAGCCCCCCAGGAUUACAAGGCAUUGGUGUGCUCGUCCCCAGAGGCGAGCGAGGGCUGGCUAUCCCAAAGAGCCCAACCUCCUCCGCGCCCUGCUGUCCAAAAGAAUCCCUCGGACUCUUGAGAAGACGGGGGCUUUCAGGACCAUGGCAUCGACGGAAGGUGCCAACAAUAUGCCUAAGCAAGUAGAAGUGCGGAUGCAUGAAAGUCAUUUAAGCCCAGUGGAGCACAGAUCCAGGAACGUAUGUGUGCAGUUCUGCCAGUCACUCCACAGGAAUCUUCUCCUGACUCUUACUGUAUUCGGUGUUAUCCUGGGUGCACUGUGUGGGGGUCUUCUUCGUCUAGCAACACCUAUUGACCCUGACAUCAUCAUGUUAAUAGCCUUCCCAGGAGAUAUACUUAUGAGGAUGCUAAAAAUGCUGAUCCUCCCCUUAAUUAUCUCCAGUUUAAUCACAGGACUGUCUGGUUUAGAUGCUAAAGCAAGUGGCCGGUUGGGUACAAGAGCCAUGGUCUACUACAUGUCCACGACUAUUAUUGCUGCUGUGCUGGGUGUGAUUUUGGUUUUAGCCAUCCAUCCAGGGAAUCCGAAACUCAGGAAACAGCUUGGUCAAGGGAAGAAGAAUGAUGAAGUAUCUAGUCUGGAUGCUUUCUUGGAUCUGAUCCGAAACCUGUUCCCUGAAAAUCUAGUCCAAGCAUGCUUUCAGCAGAUCCAAACUGUCACCAAGAAGGUGCUGGUGCCACCACCCAUUGAAGAACCACUGAAUGUCACCGACUCUGCUUUUGCUAUGAUGAAUGAGACAGUGCAUGAAGCACCACCAGAAGCCCAGCUGAUCAUUAAGAAGGGACUUGAAUUUAAGGAUGGCAUGAACGUCCUGGGUUUGAUAGGAUUCUUUAUUGCUUUUGGCAUUGCUAUGGGGAAAAUGGGAGAACAGGCCAAGAUGAUGGUGGAUUUCUUCAACAUCCUGAAUGAGAUUGUAAUGAAGUUAGUAACUAUGAUCAUGUGGUAUUCCCCUUUGGGCAUUGCUUGCCUCAUCUGUGGAAAAAUCAUUGCAAUCAAGGACUUAGAAGUAGUUGCUAGACAGCUUGGCAUGUACAUGGUCACUGUGAUUGUGGGUCUUCUCAUCCAUGGAGGGAUCUUCCUGCCGCUGCUCUACUUUGUGAUAACAAGGAAAAGCCCAUUUUCAUUCCUUGCUGGGAUUUUCCAGGCAUGGAUCACAGCACUAGGCACAGCUUCCAGUGCUGGAACGUUACCUGUCACAUUCCGGUGUCUUGAAGAAAAUCUAGGCAUUGAUAAGCGUGUAACAAGGUUUGUUCUUCCUGUUGGAGCAACUAUUAACAUGGAUGGAACUGCUCUUUAUGAAGCUGUGGCUGCCAUCUUCAUUGCACAGAUGAAUGGAAUUGAGCUGGAUGGAGGCCAGAUAGUUACUGUGAGUUUGACCGCCACCCUUGCAAGUGUUGGAGCUGCCAGUAUUCCCAGCGCGGGACUUGUCACUAUGCUUCUGAUCCUUACUGCAGUGGGUCUCCCUACCCAGGACAUCAGUUUGCUUGUUGCUGUUGACUGGCUUUUGGACCGGAUGAGAACAUCCGUCAAUGUAGUGGGAGAUUCUUUUGGUGCUGGCAUUGUCUACCACCUUUCCAAGGCAGAACUUGACACCAUUGAUUCCCAUCAUAAAGGGCACGAAGACAUUGAAAUGACCAAGACUCAGUCAAUCUAUGACGACAUGAAAAAUCAUAGGGAAAACAACUCAAACCAAUGUGUUUUUACAGCUCACAACUCAGUCAUAGUAGAUGAGUGCAAGGUAACACUGGCAACUAAUGGCAAAUCUGCAGAUCUCAGUGUUGUUGAAGAAGAGCCUUGGAAACGUGAAAACUAAGGGAAGAGAUUGCUAGCUCCAUCUUUAAUAAGCCCUGAAGCUAUCUUCUGGCAAAAGAUAUCACGAUUAAAGAAGAUUUCUCUUUUUUCUAUUUAACAUCUACGGUUUCUGCUUACUUAAUUUCUUAAGUGAAACUUAGCAAAGAUCUCAUCAAGUCAUUGUAGUGUCUUUGCCAAGCAUAACCAUCUGUCUCCCUUGUGUUAAUGUUUGGAUGAUGCAGCUGGAGAAUUCUCCAUGCAGUGCAGUGUGCUCUCACCUGCCUCCCCUUUUAUUCAAGACACACAGAAUGUAAAUGCUGCAAAAUGGGAAGAUCAAAGUGCCAGUACAGUUCACUACAGGGACUCAGGGCCACAAAUACAAGAGAAACAUAACACCACGUAAACCUUCAAGUGUUUUGGUGACUCUUGUGUCAUACCUGAUCUAUUUAGCACUGUAUGGCUAAAAUACCUUUUGAAAAUGUCCAUAAAGAUUUCUAUUUGUUUUAAUAAUAACAAGCACUGUAUUUUUGUGCCUAGUUGUACUUUAAACUGAACUUAGAUCCAGGAGCAAGACUAAUGUAUAGAAGUCAAUAAAUUAUCCCAAACUGUUUGUUAGAUCAAUGCAACUAAUCCUUAGCAUCAAGAAAAGACCUUAGAUUUGUACGUGCAUGUGAUAUGCUUUCAUCAGCUGUCCCAUGGCAGGUGCAGCCUUUUUUUAAUGAUGGGGCUGUGCUGCUUUGUGACCACAAUGCAUCAUAUAAUACAAGGCAGUAUUAUUAUGGCAGGGGUGGUAGUUCCUUCACUAAAUCUAUGCCUGAUGUACAAAAUACAGAAUGCUAUGGGCUCAGUUAUGCCAUUCUUAAUUAAAGUAGGUAGCACCUUACAACUCAUCCCGCUCCACAGAUGUCAGAGGGAUUCUGUAUGUGGACGGGACUACUUAAGUAAAGUGCUACUAAGACUGACUGACCACAGAUUUCGUGAUUGGGUACUUGAUACAGAGCUAUAAGCAAAUUCUGAAUCCAUUACUCUAAGAAACUGAGAGUACUCUAAGAAACUGAGAGUUUUUGCAUGUGAUCAUCAGUAGUAUUUGGUGUGCAAUGAAAACCAUCUUUCAAAUAUAUGUCUUAUUUCAGAGAGCAGCUAAAUCCCAAAUUUGUUGCUAAGCCAAAUUCCAUAUGAGGUUAAUAGAAUUUGGCCAGGGUUAGGACUGAAUGAAGAAUAAACCAGAAUUUCAGGAUUUAGACCAGUACAUUGAAUAUACAUAUCUCUCUCUUUUGCAGAGUAACAAUUCAUGUAACUCUCUAAUGUCAAAUGUUUCUUAGAGAACAUGGCUUCUGAAUUAAUGAGAUGGUGUUUUGUCAAAAUAGUACAGCUGACUCAUCCUGUCAGAAAAAAAUACAGUCACAGUAAUCACCCUGUGAAGUAUUUUUAAAGGUGCUUGUUAAUAUUUAGCAGUUUUAAGACACUGGUAAAUGCCAUUAUACUGUUAGCAAUGUUCUAUAGCAAAUCUGAGCCACAUGGCCUUGGGAGGCUCUACACACAGAACAAGCUUUGUGCAAUUUUUGGGGGAGCUCUCAGAGGUUCUCAAAACAAAUCAGAAUAUGAGCAUACAGUGAACUUAAAAAUGACAGAAAACAGAGUUGAAACAUUACAGAAAUAGGCCAUUCACUCUCUGUGCUCAGACCUGUUGUGUUUAAACAGGAAUAACGGCUUAACUGUAGAGUGGUAUUUGGCUCUGUAGAAGCCAGCAAAUUGUAAAUAUAAUCUGCUUUUGCUCAUGUGCAUUCGUAUAAAUAUCUCCAAAAAUGCACAUGGAUGUGAGCCAGCCAAGGCUACUUGCAUGAUUAAUGAUGUGCAAGAUCAAGUCCCUUACCAGAAUAUCCCUCAAUUAAUCAUUUGUUGUGGAAUAUUUUUCUUGCCAUUGUAUUUUUGUCCUCACUUGCAUGCCAUGGCUACAAUCCUAAGCAAAAUGGCCUAUAUAAUUUUGCAAUUAUUGAACCACUGUGAAUUCUGUAGGCCUCUAACAUGUAUUAGAGGUGGAGACCUUUUCCAGAGGCCUCCUGAAGCAUCUUAAGGAUUUUUUUUUUUGUGAGGAAUGGAAUUACAGGCUAUUCAGAGAAGUGGUAGGCAGGUUGUCUUCUCUUUUCUUCAUUUAUUGAUAUUAGCAUAUCCAGAGUUAACCUAUAGCUAGCUGCUGCUUCUCCAAAUUUGCAUUCGAAGACAUUUUUACCACAGAAUUAUGUGCCUGGGACAAUGUGUAGGUGCUCUAAAAUAUUCCUUACUCUUGAAUGUGCUGGCUCACAUCAAGUGAAGUUUGCUGUGACUUGGGUGGUAGUUCUAUCCAAAAAUAACAUGCAGUGUUCGCCCCAGUUUAUAUCCAGAAUUCUCAAGCUGUUUCAUGGCACAGCUCACACAUUAAUAGGUGAUUUUCCAUCUUCUUCACUGUAGCAGUUUCUUAGGAACAGCUUUAGAAAACUGGUCCGUACACUUUUAGCUGUCAUUUGAAACUAUUAGCAGUUGGAAACAAAUAGGAAUGCCAGAAACAUGUGACUAGGCAUCUCCACAAAAUUACAUAUUGAGAAACACUUAGAAUAUUCUUGCACUUAUCCCCUUGGGAUGUGUUGUUCUUUGAAGAGUGUUUCUUUGGGUGGAGACCGGGGAGGAAGGAUUGAGAUGAUAGAGAAACUCCACCCACGUAAAGGAGAAUAAAUUUAGUUCUUUUGAUAGGACUAGAAUAGCAGACUGUGAUUUUAAAAUAGUAAUUCUGUAGAUACAGUAACUCAGGGAUGUUUCAAAAGAUAAUUACGAUAGUAUUUCUCUAUUUAAAUGUAGAUGUGGGAGAAGGAGAAAUGCUGUUUUUGGUAUACUCUUCUGCUUUUAGCCUGGCUGAAUAUUUAAUGUAGUGUUACUCCAGCACAGCACUGUAUUUAACCAUCAUAAAGCUUUCCAUUUCUUUGGGAAAAUGUAACUCACUCUUGGCUUACAUUUCUCGAUUUGCUCAUUCCACAUGAGGCUGGGUUGCUACUUAACUAAAUAAACAGAAAAUAACCCAGAGGCUGGCCACUUCAGCUAAUACAAGGUUCACAUUUACGCAGGCAGUGCUGGUUACUGACCAGUCUCCUUUUAGUUUCACUAGGAGUGUUGGUGCACUAAUUUGCAUCUGGCAAAUCUUUUGUAUUUGUUCGCAGUGCUGGGGUGGCAAAGUUAAACUACAGUGGAAUAUGAUUUGUUUUCUGUGUAGUUCCUAAACAAAUUAACAUUUCUUCCUACAUUCAUCUCAUUUGCUGCUCUGUCGGUUCCCUCCACCCAUGUCUGUGCAAGUGUGCUGCCCUUUGCCCUUUGGAUUGCUGACAGCACACUGGCACAUGGAAAAGUCUAGACCAGGCGAAGACUCAGUUAAUUUUAUGCUUAUUUAAGUACAUGCUUAUGCAUUUGUUUUACGCACUUACUGCUGAAGCUAGGUCAGCAUUCUCUUACUAUCUGUUCACUGAAACUAAAGCGUACUGUAUGCUCAAAGUACAGAAGAGGCGGAGCACUUUGCUACUGAAUUUGUUUCUUCAUUGCUUCCCUUAGAAGACAAAGGCUACAUCAACGUUGUAAGAAACAUGAGUGGGUCUCAUACAUAGAGGUGCUUCAGAUAGGUAGGGGAUAAACCAUUUGAACCGUAUUGUGGGAUGUGCUCCUUCCAUUUGAAUUGGUGAGAAACUCAGUAUGUCUUUGAAAAACUGUUUGCUGUAGUAAAACGUGUGCCUGCAAUGCUCUGACUAGAUGAAAGCCCCACUGAAAUCUAUGGGAGUCACAGAAUUCCAGGGAAGGUCAACUCCCUUCCUGUCUCCAUUAAGUUUUAAGACAUUUCACAGUCCCAUCCUAGGGAAUAAUCUUUGGCUGCUAUUUAUAAUGAAGUUGAUUCUCACAUCCAAAAGAUUUCUAAGAUGCUUCUUUUUUUUUGCCUGUUUCUAUGCUACAAGUCCAGCAGUGAAUUUAAACUCAGCACAAAAAUAAGGAUCACUAUCAUUAUGUUGUUUUUCCAUUUCUUCCCUGAAAUACAGCUGAUCUUCAUUUCUUUCUCAGCACAUGGAGUUCCAAACUUUGUGCCACUGUAAAACAUACAAGUAAUGUAGAUUUUCGAUAUGUUUUCCAUCAUUCCUAGGAUCAUUAGUUUUCCCAGAGUAGAUGCUCAGGAGAGCAGACUGUUCAUCUGAGAAGCUACAGCAGCAAUGUUUGAACAAAUUUAUUCUGGCAACUACCUGGGUUUUCUUUGCUUCCUUGCCUUCACUUAUGUUGUUGCAGCCUUGUUGUAGCAACACAGCAGCAAUCACACAAAUCCCUCAAACCAUAGGCAGUAUUAAACCUCACCUCUGACAUUCACUUCUGUAUUUAUCUUUAAAAAGGCUCUGAGCUUAAGUACCAGGCUCAGAAGAAUCCUUUUGUGUAGAUGUAAAGAUAUAACUGUUUCUCAUUUCAUUAAGUUCCAUUUGUGUAUUUCUGUUGCUGCAUUUGAAUUAAUCUACAGAAGGAUAAAUAAGGGCACUUUAUAAAACUGUACUGUAAUAUUAAUCUGUUAUGAGCCAGAAAACUAUCCUCGAUUUUAUUACUGUGACUUCUAAGGCCAUGAUUAAGAUAUCUUUCACAUUAGUUAUUAUCAUAGGUGUGUAGUCCAUUGGAACAAUUAACCUUGGCUAUAAUUCACUAUAUAAGACUAUGUAAAAUCUCCUGUUCCCAUCAGAAAGCACUCUCGGGAAGAUGAGUUAUUUUCUUCUAUCAUAUUGAUGACUUUGAAGGAAAAAUAUUUACCCAAUUUCCUUUGUCAGAAUUAUGAUAUGUAGAGUUUAGUUUCAAGUAAUGAAAAAAAAAGAAAAAAAAAAAAAGGAAUUGCAAUACUGAAAUGUCAAAGAAGGCAGUCAAGAGCUGUAAACAAAUUGUUCAUCUUUGCCAUGUUAUUUUUGAAAGUGUUAUGUUCUUGCUCACAAUUUACCUGAAACAAUGUAUGUAGUGCAUAUUUCUUCCAAAGUCAUUGAUAUUUUUUUCCCACAUAGCCACCAAGGCUGUGUCUCUCCAUGGUCCUCAAAGCACAGACUACUGUUCCACACACCUAAGGCAGGACUCUGGUAAAGCCCCCAGCAAUGGAGUCUGGGUACAGACUGUACAAUGGGUGCCUCCCUCAUUUUUUCCUCCUGCUCAUGUCUGAUGUUAAAUUGAAAUCUGCUGCUAUUAAGGAAUCAAACUGCUGCUGAUGCCCAGGUGUCGGUAAUUCUUUUACUUCUUGUCUGAGUGGGCUCCCUGGCACAAGACUCUGAGGAACCAUCCCUUGCAUGUGCCCACCAUCCCAGAGACAUCUUCCCCUGCUUGGUGGAAGCCUGCCGACUUCCCACUACUGGGUUGAUAAGGUUGGUAAGGUGUCUGUGCAGUUGCAACUACAAGUCUUAUGGAAAACCCAGGUUCCAAACAUUGAAAAAACCCAGAGCAUAUGAUGGAGACACUGAGUAGGAUUCUACUAGUCUGGGAUGGAAAUAACCAACAGGAUAAUGUGGAAUUUGGGGAGGCAAGAAGACUUGUAAGAUUUCUCACUUCACCCAACCUUUAAUUCCCAUUCACUUCUAGCUACGUUCUGCUGCAGAGCCAAUGCUGAUUGAUGCCAGAGUGUCCAACCCUUCUAGACUGAUUUUUCAAAAUUCAGGAGUCCUGCGAUUGUUUUUAAUGAUGCUCUGUGGCACAUGCCAUUACACAAAGGGAAACUGACGUAGGCAGCAUCACACAACCUGAAUUGCCUGGUACCUGUAUAUUGCUUUGUAAAAUAAAUAGUAUAGCUUGCAGGGAUUUUUGUAUCAUUCUUUUCUAUUUUCUUCUACAGUUUUUCAAAGACUGUGUGCAAACUGUGUUUACAAAUUGAUUUUGCAUUCAGUAUUGUAGAUUAUAGCAUUUCCAUUUUGGUGUUUUGUAUGGGCUUGUGAGUUCUUCUGUACUACAGGUUGUCCUUCCUUCUUAAAGACAAUUGCAUAAACUUCCAUCCAACAUAUCCUGCUCCUUUCUUGAAUAUAUCCAAUUUCCUAUUAUCCAGUGUGAACUCUAGCUUGGAGGAUGCAUGAGAAAAAGCUGCAUAUGUAUUUAUAUUGUUAAAUAUUAUAUGCUCAAUACUUAUUUAGUUAUUAAUACAGGUGUAAGGGGUUUGUACUUGUUCUCUGGAAACUACAGUGUAGACUGCACUAAAUUACCUAGUAUCUGUAAUUUACAGACACACUAAUAUUUUCUUAUAAUGUUUUCUAUAUGACCAUAAAAAGUAGGGGAAUAAUCCUUUAAAGGUGAUCUGUACCUUAGAACAAAAGCAGUUUUCUUAUAACAUUUAAGAUCGAUGAAAUAUUUUUGUGUUAUGUUUAGUGAUGAAUUAUAAACAAAGCACAAGAUGCAAGAAGCAAAUAGGAAUUUCAAGAUGUCCUUAAAUGCUGCAGUUCAUUAUGAAACAAUGUUAUAAUAAUCUGAACAAUCUUCUAGAUUGACUGUCUUGGGCAAUCGUCCCUCAUUUUUGUCAUUUUUCCUGGUGUUAUGUUUGCCAAAUCCUUCAGUUCUUUCUUAGGAUCUGACCAUGUGUAAUUGACUGAUUCAGAAUACAGUUUAUAGAAAAGUGGAGAUCCAGGUAGGCAAAAAAUAUGCUAUCAGGGUACCCAGUCCAUCUUUCUACAAUACAGUCUAUGUGAAUUCAGUCCGUGGAAAGAGUUCGUGAUUUGGGCACCUACCUUUGCCUUCUUGAAAAGGGACCAACUGAACCACCAUGGGACCAGUGUAAUUGGGUAGCAUCUGUACAAAUACCUCCUGCUUUCUUAUGUAUUUUAAAGAGAACAACCACUAUAUUUUUUGACCAGGACAAGUAAGAGUUGCUUCUUUAUUAUGGUCAUCUGUUCCCAUUAGGCAAAUACCUGUUGGCAUUAAGGCCGUGGCUAUAAUAAUUUCUAUUUAAUUAGCAAGGAACUGUUUUAAGAGGAAUAAAAAUAAAUAAAUAUAAAUAUUCAUAACAAUUAUAUCACAGAAAAAUCUUUUAUUGCCUACUAGCUCUUUGACUGUGAUUCAAAACAAACAAAACAUUGAAUAGCAAGUACUGCUGUCCCAGUGUGACUGAUACUCAGAAAUCUAUGGGGCCAUGAUAUUCUGUUGAGGAUUUGGAGACUAAAUUUCUAGUAGAUAAACAUGUAGGAAGUGUGUUGAUACACCCUUGUGUUUUAAUCUUUGUUGUAUUUUAAAUCAGAUAUACCAGGUAUUAUCUUAAUAGGAACCACAGGUAGAAUAGUGCUGAGUUACUAAUAGUUGUAAAACCUUAUUGAUACCAGUUUUGACAUUUUGUUGAAGCAUGAUGUCCAGUGCCUCUCUGCACUUAGUGUAGAUAAUGUAGCUAUCAACAUGUAAUUUCAGUGAAAUGGUGUAUACAUUAUGUGUUAGCAGUGCUUUAAUUUAACUGGUGUCUGUGUAUUGAACCAUAGUAAAAAAUUAGACUGUCUUUUAAAAUUUUGUUCUACUUCCUGUUUUUCAUUUAUAUCUGGGUUUAUAUCCUUUUGGCCAUUCAGCCGAUUAGAUUCCAAACUUGAUAAAUGAUUUAUCUGUCUAUUAUGGAGUAUCUUGUUCUGAUAACAUCCAGGAUUGUGUAUGCAGCCAACUUAUUGUAAAUAUGUUAUUUUUAGUUUUCAGCUAUCUAACCAGUGUGGUGUAUGUUAGUACCUGCAUGUGUGUAGUUCCCUGACAGUGAGUGAAAGUGAUCCCAGCAUAGAUUUGCUGCCUUGUGAAUGCAGCUGUUAUGACCUUAAGAAUUAGUGUUCACCUACAAUGAUUAGUUUCUGUUUUGUUUUCUUCUUCUUUGCUUGAAAUGUUGGGGCUCUUUAUCACCAGAAGUUAGUAAGUCGCUCUUUAAACUGACACAGUGAAUAAGGGUGAAUCCAUCAAACUCUACAUUCCCUCUGGAUGCCCUGGCUGGUUUUGACUCGGUGCACUGUGCAUCAUUCAGCCCUUGGUCACGCCACAGCACCGCGGGAUCCCUCCGAGUCACUUCCAGUUCCUCCCUGACCACAGCCACUGGCAGCACGAGUGCAGUCACACAGCGGUGAUGGGGCAAGUCCUCCCCGGGCUGCCCAGGACGUCAAAGCAGGAACCUCUGCCUUAUCCCCUUGGCAGGAACAGCCUCUCAAAAAGAUUAAUAUACUCACAGACAAAGGUUUCUUUCAUAGUUAAAAAAAGCUAUUAAUACUGGAAAUUAAAUGCAGAGCUGAAUGCUUCUCAAGCUACUGUGGUUGUUGUACAGGCCUGUUAUUCACAAAAAGUAUGUCUGAUUGUGGAACAGACGUGUCAACUGUGUAGUCAGUGGCAAAAACUUUGUGAAAUCAGGGUUACAGUUCAAAUCUGUAAGAAAGACCUUUCUGCGUCAAAACCUGAAGGUGGUUCUGAAAGAGCUUGGGACAGCAAGAAGAAGCUGGUUUGUUCCUAGAUGACAUGGGCCUGCACCUCAUAAAUAUAAUCAUCCCCUGUAAGUGGAAAGAGAUCAAAAUCAGGCCCCAAAGCACAGGCAUUAUCCUGCUGGGUGAGUCCUGUUACAAGGCUUCAAAGGCUUCAGUGUGAAUUGAACACUACAGUACUGUGUGCUGCCUAUUCAUCUUCCCUACCCUUCUGUUAAAAGUGACCAGGCAUGAGCUGGAAUGUUUUGAGAUGUUUCAUUUAAAAAGGAUAAAAAGGAAGAGAGAUAAGGUUGAUCUUUUCCUUACACUGAAAAAGUUCCUCAGAUUUUGAAAUGACAUACUGUACAGUAUCUAUAGCACAGUUUGUUUAAAAACUAAUGAAUGCAGAUGAUAAAAUUUCUCCCAACUCUGGGCUCUGUUCUUGUAUAUGGUAGUUGGAAUGCCUCAUAGACUGAGUCUAUUUUUGUAGUUCAGAUCCUUUCCUCCUUAAAAUGAUCAGUAGUUAGUUGCUUUUAAUGCUUUCUUACGGUGUGAACUGAUUUCUGUAACUUUCAUGUGUAAAACAGACUAGACAUUCUUUCUAUACUGGAAACAGCUGUGAAUAUAAUAUUUCACUAAGUGUUGUACCUCUUAUGUACAUAUCAUCAAUAAAUGUUGAUUCAUAAUUUUCA